AUGUGCAAGAACCAGGACAAGGUGGUAGGCAAAAGAUCGGUUGCGCAUGUCAAUGACAAUGGUCAUAGGCGCAAGCAAUCAGCCACAAAGUCCAUUGAUUCAUCGCUAGAGCAUGUUCGCAAAGAAUCUCAAAACCGUAAUCCACCUCUAUUUGCAGAGAACGAUGGGACUCGUGCUACCUUUACCGUCUCAGAAUUUUCCCACCAACAAUUAGCACCACAGCCUGUAAAAGAGGAGGACGCCGAGAAAGAAGACGAGUGGCAAACUAUGCCUUCAUAUGCACCAUUCGACAUUUACAAUGAUGACAACAAGCUUGUGGCACGAGAGCAUGUUGAAGAUGACGAUGAAGCCAUUGCCUACGCUGGACUUGGAGGAGCUGGGAAAGGAUAUACUCGAGUUCAAAUAGAUGAAGAUGCGCAAUCUGCAACGAGUAUGGAUGAUCAAACAGCCUACCUGUUUACCAGGCACCAAACUACUGAUCUGCUCGACGAUGACGAAGAAGCCCGAGAUCCGUUAGCACAGAUGGAGGCUACCAAGGAUUUACUUACAGAGGGCCAAAGGAUAGCCUAUGUUGGGCUUGUGCGCCUUGCUAUGAUAGCGAUGGAGAAGGAUUUGAGUAAUAUGGAACGAACCAGAGCGACUAAGAAGAUUAUUGACAUUGCGGUCGAGUCAUUGAAAAUGUGGAGUCAGAAAAUGAUGGUUCGUUUAUACAGCCAUAUGGAAAUCGAUUCGUCAGAACAGAUUAUGAUUGAACAGCUUGCUGAGCACGGCGUGGAGGCAGGAGACUUGACACCAUCGCUCAUGAUCAACGCGCGCGUGAAGAACCCUGUCGUCGAAGAAGAGAAAGGCGAUUCAUCUGUCGCCGGAACGUGCAAUCCUUCCGACGACGUUGCAUCAGCGCAAUCAGCAUUACCGAAGCUGUCACAUCCACUAGCAGAUAGUGAAGACGACGAAGACGAGCCUUUACCAUCGUACGACCAGCAUAAGAACGAUGAACUACCCGAAGUUCGGACACUGUCACAGCUACCAACAACCAAGAAACUUGACAUUGAUUUGAGGUGGACUGUACUCUGUGAUCUGUUCUUGGUACUCAUUGCAGACUCUGUCUAUGAUUCAAGGUCUCGCGAGCUUCUCGAGCUUGUUGGAAAGUCGCUCGAGGUCCAUUGGCUUGAGAUAUAUCGUUUCGAAAAGCGCGUGGUAGACGCUCUUGAGAUGCAAGAGAGGGCGAAUAAGGAAAAUUGGAACGAAGACGAGCAUCUCAUUAGUCGAGAAAAGCGAGCAAGAAAUCGCCGGCUUGCUAUGAUGGGUCUUGCUACAGUAGGAGGUGGUCUUGUUAUCGGUCUUUCGGCAGGUCUCCUCGCACCUGUUAUCGGUGCUGGCCUCGCAGCAGGGUUUACUACGAUUGGGAUCAGUGGCACAUCGGCUGUCUUAACGAGUACUGCUGCUGCUGCUGCCAUCACAACCGGAGCAACUGUGACUGGCGGAACCAUUGGCGUUCGGGCCGCAAGUAGGCGUACUGGUGCAGUCAAAACAUUCGAGUACAGACCUCUACAUAAUAACAAAAGGGUCAAUCUCAUUGUGACUGUCUCUGGUUGGAUGAACGGCAAGGUCGACGACGUUCGCCUACCUUAUAGUACCGUGGAUCCGAUCAUGGGUGAUAUAUACUCCGUUCUCUGGGAACCCGAAAUGCUGCGCAGUAUGGGCGACACUAUCAACAUUCUGGCCACUGAGGCCUUGACUCAAGGUCUACAACAGAUUCUUGGAAGUACCAUCCUGGUUGCAUUGAUGGCAUCACUACAAGCACCUAUUGUCUUGACCAAACUGUCAUAUUUGAUUGACAAUCCAUGGUCCGUUUCAGUCGCAAGAUCUGAUGCAGCUGGACUCAUCCUUGCCGAUUCGUUAAUUGAUCGAAAUCUUGGUAUUCGCCCUAUUACAUUAGUAGGAUUCUCAAUCGGUUCGCGUGUCAUCUUCAGUGCGCUGAAAGAGCUCGCAAACAAGGGCGCGUACGGCCUCGUCCAGAACGUCUUCUUGUUCGGUUCUCCUGUGAUUGCUAAAAAGGAUGAAUACCUGAAAGCAAAGUCGGUCGUCAGUGGCCGAUUCGUUAACGGCUACGCUACAAACGACUGGAUAUUAGGAUAUCUUUUCAGAGCAACAGGGGGAGGUAUCAUGCGCGUGGCAGGUCUCGCCCCGGUGGAUAUACCCGGCAUAGAGAACAUUGAUGUCACACAAUUUGUGCCCGGACACAUGUCGUACCGUACAGCAAUGCCCAAGCUACUCCGAGAGGUUGGGUUCCUCGUGGAAAGUGACGAGUUCACUGAGAUAGAGGAUCCCGAUCCAGAAAACCAUGAGCAGCGACAGCGUGAGCUGAUCAAUGAGAUUGAGGAAGCACGCAAAAACUUUGAGAAGAAGCCUCAGAAGAAGGGUUUUUGGUCCUUUCGAUCAAAGAAAAAGCUCGAGAAGAAAGACUGGGAGAUGUAUGAGGAUAAGAACGUGCCAGUAGAUUCGGAAGCGAGAUCUGGACCAUCAGACCAUGGCGGACUGGUUUUAUUCGACAUCGAAGCAAUUCAGCGUGAAGUCGCUGAACUUGCCGCCGACGGAGUGGAGAUCCGGGAAAUCGAAUCCACUCUACCGCCAAUGAAAAUUGACAUGAAUGAACCUAGAACCCUACCUGCUAAGGCGUUGAUACUUCAAGAAACGAAAAGCCACACCGAUAGCAUUGGUAUGAACAACGAAGCGGCUAGCAGUGCACCAAAUCUAGCUGAUAAGAGGAAUACUACGCCACCAAAACCUAGUCAAUACGAUUAUGUGGAAUCUGAACACACCGAGCAGAGUUUUGCCAAGACUUUUGAUAUGUCAUACACAGCAUCGUCGAAGCAUUCUGGCUUGUCACCGCCCGUGUUAGGAAUGAAUACACCAUCAGGAGAGAAUCUGCCUACGUUAAAACCCUCAGGUGAACGACCACCGCUGAAGACCAUUAAGACUACACCGGCAGCAGUCAGCCUGGAUCACAAUGCUUGGGCAGAUGAGGAUGACUUUGCAGAGAGUGAAAUUAGCAUGACGUUCGAAUAG